UUGUGGGUGCAACCAAAUGUUCUAGUAUUUUCAGGUUAACCAGUUUACAGUUUUUGUGUAAUUGUAAUGUUAUUUGUGAAGGCGUUUUCUUAUUCAAUUGCAAUGACACAUCUUCAAAUCUUGAGAUUCAGACAUCCUGAAAGGCCAUAUAAUGCACAAUGGAAAGCACUGUUUCUGUGAAUAACAAAUGAUCAAAAAGUAAGCAGUACACAGAAUUGAAUCUCACUUUGUAAAUAUGAAACAAGAGAUGGACUUCCUCGAUGUAAACAUGUGUUCUGAGCCAACCAUUAUGCAAAUUAAUUCAAACAAACCUUCAAUGGAACAAGGAACUAAUGAAAACGGCCGAUCUGUGCUAUCCAGAGGGGAACAAAAUGCUCUCACCAAUUUAGAUUGUGACACCACAAGACAAAGUCUUGAGUCUAAUCUUUACCAAAAGCUGGAAAAAGAAAGACCGACAACUGAACAUAUGAAUUCUCGAUGUCAAGUUGAUAUCAUUGAUAUGAGAAGUGAUCAACAUGCAGAUUAUAGAUUUAUUUUAGCUUUUGAAGAUCAAGAAUCUAAGUUUGUUAUUCUUCGACCAUUGAAAAGCAAUGAUGCAAAAGAUGUGGCGGUAGAGUUGUUUGAUAUCUUGGCAAUUAUUGGAGCCCCCAGAGUUUUACAAAGUGGUAAUGGCAGACAAUUUGCCAGCAAAAUAGUUUAUGCAUUAAGAUCCUUAUGGACAGAUCUUCCAAUGGUACACGGAGAUCUAGUGUUACCUUCAACCAGUGUCAAACGAGACUUCACAACUUUGUUGAAAAACUGGCUUCAUGAUAACCCUGCAAAAACAUGGUGUGAAGGAUUGCGGUUUGUUCAAAUCAUUGAGAAUACUACAUUUAAGCAAGAAUCUGGUAGAACAGCUCACGAGUUGCUGUUUGUAAACAAUGUUCUUGAUGACUCUAAAACUGCUAUUACAAAAGAAGAUAUGAAGAUGAUAUGGAGCGAAGAAGAUUUGCAAGAAGCAUUGAACCAUCAACAAGAAAGCAUUCAAUCAACUAAUCACACAUCCAGCUCAAAACUGAUAGUCAAUAAUUACGGAGAACAAAUAUUGCCUAAUAAUCCAGUCAGCUACACGGAAGAGAAUCUCCCUAUGAAAGAAGAUACCACAGAUCCGGAUAGUACCGAAUUUGAAAGGCAAACUAGACAAUCGACUACACAUUGUAAUAAUUCUAGUGGAUUCAAAUUCGUGAAUGUGAAAAAUGAAAGUCCAUUAAAUGUUUCACUAGCAGAUGAUUCUCAAUCAGAUGACGAAGUAACUGUGACGUCUCAGGGUAAAACAAGAUCAAGAAAUAAGUACCAAUUGAAGUGUAAAAUUUGUCAAAAAAGAUACAUGAAGUUGGGUCAUUUGAAGAAUCACCUCAAGGCACAUACAAAGGCGAAUAAAUUCGAGUGUACGAUAUGCUCUAAGAAGUUCCGGCUUGUUACUGUCUACGAAAAACAUAUGCGUCAAUUUCACAGCUCUGAAAAAACUUCGUUUGAUGCCAGAUAUGCUAGAAUUGGAGAAGGCCUGGAAAGUGAUACAGAGGAAACUUUGAAAUCUAAAAGACUUAAAAAAGUUGAGCCCGAAAACGAUGAGUCCAGCCAAAUUCAUCGCAAGAAAGUUACGAAAAAAGUUGGGAGACAGUCAAGUCAGCUAGGUGGUAAAAAACUAUCCAGAGAAAAUCGAGCCACUAGAGUAAAUGGUUCACCUCCGUUAGAAUGCAGCUAUUGCCAGCAAAAGUUUGACUUUCCAAGUGUGUUGAAAAGGCAUGUGAGGUCGCACACAAACGAACGACCGUAUGUCUGCCAGAUAUGCAAUAAGAGCUUCAAACAGUUGGGGCACCUCAGUCAACACUCUUUAACUCAUACGGAUUAUCGUUCCUUCCAAUGUGCGAAGUGCGGCAUAAAGUUUGAGUCUUUGGACAGUUUGAAAAUACAUUCACAAUCUCAUAGGGGUGAUACAGUCAUGUACAGGCCAAAAGAAGUGUACCGUUUAUUUGAAUGUGAUAAUUGCAAAAAAGUAUUCACAACCAAGAGUGUGUUGGAAAGACACAUAUUUACACACACUCACGAACGUCAAUUUGGUUGCAAAGUUUGUGGAAAAAGGUUCAAACAGGCUGGGCAUGUCAAGUCUCACAUGUUGGUACAUACGGGGGAGCGAAAGUUUGAAUGCAAAGUUUGCUCAAAAAGGUUCAGCCUUUCAAAUUCUCUCAAAAAACAUAUGUACAUUCAUAAUGGAGAAAAACCUUAUCAAUGCGAUGUGUGUGGUGCUCGAUUUCUUGAGAAACGAAAUUUAAAUGGUCACCUAAUGACUCAUACAAAUGAACGACCAUUUUCAUGUAAUAUCUGUGGCAAGAGAUACACCCUUGCUGAUACACUCAGGCGCCACGUCAGUGCAGCUCAUGAAGAUGGACGGACUUACCAGUGUGAGAUUUGUGCUAAGAUGUUUAAACAACUAGCUCACUUGUAUGUGCAUAAAAAAGUUCACACAGAUGAACGACCCUAUCAAUGUCACCUAUGCGAUAAAAAUUUCAAGCAUAAGAACGUUUUGAAGUCUCACUUGGCUAUACACGCCAACCUGCGACCAUUCGAAUGCGAUGUAUGCAAAGCUACAUUUGUUAGAAAAACUAAUCUUCAGACUCAUAUAGCUUCUGCACACAUGAACGAGAGACCAUAUGUCUGUACAAUUUGUAAUAAACGAUUUAAACAAGUAAGCCACUUGAACGGUCAUGUUGUUGUACACAGUAAUUCUAUGCCAUAUCAAUGUGAUUUUUGUGAUCGGCGUUGUAAUAGAUUGGAUAACUUAAAGAAACAUAUGCGUCUCCACACAAAGACUAAAGAAUAGUAGAGUGCUUUUUAAGAAGAUAAUAGAAGAUCCAAUAAAAAUUAGUUUGAAUUCAUCAGUAAUUUUAGCUACCAGAACAUUUUUUUAGAUAUUUGUCUGAAGUUUUGGACCGACUAAUGUAAUUUCAGUUAGUUUUUAUUGGCUAAGACGACAUAGUGUUUGUACUAUUCUUUCCAUGAAACUACUAGGUAACAUAACCGUCUUUGCUAGCUACGAUAAUAUUUUACUUAUCUCGAAAUCCAGCUACUGGUUGACACAGACUUUGAAUUAUUGUAUCGAAGUUACUUGAAGAUCAGACAUAGAGGGGUCCAUUAUGAUUUAUAAUUGCUUAACAUUUAAGCAUAUUUUCUAACAUACAUAUGUAUACAUUUUAUUGUAUGUCAUGUAUAAAAUAUUUUACACUGCCUAUUAAUGUUUUCAUUUUGAUAUCAAUGUAUUGAUACUAAUAGUUACGUAUUCGUUCCAUUAAUCCAUCCCAUGCAUAUGAUUGAUUUUCGGAAAUAUCCGUCUAUCAUUCAAGCAUAACAUCUCGACAUCUUUUGCUUUCGUUUGGUUUUGAAUUUCUCUGUGAAAAAAACCAAUAGCAUAAAAAACGACUGUUCCUUUACCCUGAUGCCAUUUGGUUGCAUCUAUACCUAUUUUCACGAAUUUUACAUACUAGCACUAAUUUACAGCUGUACGGCUCGAGUACUUUCAGCUAGAAGUCUGAAUCAUUAUUUUUAUAAUUAUAUUUGAUUAUAUCAUGUUCCUGUGUUGACCUUACUGAAAGAUUCUUAGAAUGAGACUAACGGUAGAUUAUAACAAAAAUAGUCUUGAAUUCCAUGGGUUGAUCCUGUAAAACCAGAUAUUAGUUUGUAUUUUUAAUGUACAAAAGUCAAUGUAUUUGGUGAUCGAACGAACAAUAUAAGUCAAUAUGAUGUCA